AUGGCGGGUUGUCUUGGGAUUGCACCAGCCAUCCAAGACUGUGCCAAGGAGGUGUUCAGGAAGAUGGCGAAGGCCAGGGCAUGGCCACUAGUUCUCGGCAAGACCAACCACCAAAAUAAUGAUCAACUCUACGCAGCGCGCCUCGCCAUUGCAUGUCGUAGCGAGGGCUCACCGCGGUCGAUCAAUGAGCUAGCUUCGGCGAUGGUUGAAGGCUCAGCAACAAGAAGGGAAAUCGCAAAGUUAACCGCGUGCAUCAGGAAGCACCUCGGGGAGGAGGGUGCCGGGCUGAUGGGCGUCAGUGUGGUGCGCGCAUUGAGCUAUCUGUGCCACUUUGGCAGGCAGCUUGAUAUGAGUGGUCAUGAAGUCGCGGUGGCCAAGGAGGCGGCGAGAUGGCUGGAGGAGGACGACCUUGGCAUGCGAAACACCGGCAAGUCCAUAGUGGUCGGCACGUCCGCAUGGUCCUAG